UCUGCAUGGCCUCGAUCCUGAAAGCUCAGAAAGUGAAUGCUUCAAAACGGGAUGCUAAAGUAAAGGGUAAGAGGAAAGCUGACGAGAUGGAUGUCGACCAGGACAUCGAAUCUUCAGCGCCCAAACCCAAGAAGAAUAAGCAACGAGUUCUUCUUUUAUCGUCUCGGGGUGUUACUCAUCGAAUGAGGCACCUGAUGACUGAUAUUGAGGCCCUCCUUCCUCAUGUCAAGAAAGAUUCGAAAUUGGACUCCAAGUCGCAGCUUCAUCUCCUCCCUGAACUUGCGGAUCUCAAUAAUUGCAACAAUACCCUUUAUUUUGAGGCCCGCAGGCACGAAGACCUCUAUCUUUGGGCUACAAAGACACCGAACGGGCCUUCAAUAAAAAUGCACGUGCAAAACAUCCAUACGAUGGAUGAACUCAAGAUGACCGGCAAUUGUUUGAAAGGAAGCCGAGGGCUGCUUAGCUUUGAUAAAGCAUUUGACGAAACUGAGUGGGGAAAGUUGACAAAGGAGCUUUUUACGCAUAUAUUCGGCGUUCCCCCGACAGCCCGGAGAGCCAAGCCAUUCAUUGAUCACAUUCUUACGUUCUCCAUACUUGAUUCAAAGAUAUGGUUCCGGAAUUUCCAGAUAAUGGAGAAGGAUCCCUUACAACCAAAUGGGCCUCCCCAGACGACCCUCGUGGAGAUCGGCCCCCGAUUUGUUCUGACUCCCAUCCGAAUAUUCGAAGGUGCUUUUGGCGGGGCAACAGUAUACUCGAAUCCCGAAUUUAUCUCGCCUGCUGCUAUCAGAUCAAGCAUCAGACAAGAACAGAGCAAGAAAUACAAUAUCCGGAAGGACGCCGAGCAAGAAACGUCACGUCGCAAGGAACACCGGAAGAGAGAAGAGGAUGAACUCGCUGUGUCGAAAGUUUUUGCUUGAUAGACCCAUCUAGUGCACUGGCUAGAUCUGUCUUAAUCAUGACGGCAAAUAUAAAUGGAGCCAGGAUCGUGUACGAUAAUUGAAACUGCCGGGUCGUUGGCACGACGAGACUGCGCUGUCAUGUCAAUAAAUUCUACACGAAUUAUUACGCUCUAGUUACAUCCCG